GGAAAAGAAGAAAAAGAAGGACUCAAAGAAUAAGGCGGAUGACUCUGAAAGGUCUAAGAAGAAGGAUAGCAAGAAGUGAAAGGUUAUGGAAGAAGAUGAUGAAGAGAGAAGUGAAACGAGCUUGGAAUUAGGUGAGCCUGUGAAUUUGAAAUUGGAUAUAUAAGAAGAAGCAAAAGAAAGCAAAAGUAGAUGCUGAGGUGGAAGAGGAGGAGAAGAGUGAGAAUCCGAAUGCUAUUUCUCGGUUUCGAAUAUCGGAACCAUUGAGAUAGAAACUCAAGUCUAAGGGUAUUGAGUCUCUGUUUCCAAUUUAGGCCACCACUUUUGAUAUGGUUCUUGAUGGCUCCGACUUAGUUGGACAUGCACGCACUGGUUAGUUUGGGAGAAGACUACAAGAAGGAAGAAAUGGAAAUAAUGACGUGUGCGGCACGCCUCUGCCUCUUGCAUUCAUCUUCUAGAAGGCCAACAAUGAAGACGGAUCUGAAGCAAAAGCCGAAGUACUUGCUGACAAUCACAGUUGGUCUGAAUCAGAGGCAAAAUAUUGAUAGAAUGGUUAAAAAGUUUUCUGAGGAUUUCCAACUUUUGCUUUUCCACUAUGAUGGUCGGACAAGUGAAUGGGAUGAAUUUGAGUGGUCAAAGAGCGCAAUCCAUGUUAGUGCAAGGAGACAAACAAAAUGGUGGUAUGCAAAAAGGUUUUUGCAUCCUGACGUUGUUGCAGCUUAUGAGUAUAUUUUUAUUUGGGAUGAAGAUCUUGGCGUGGAACACUUCAACGGGGAGAAGUAUAUUGAGUUGGUUAAAAAACAUGGGCUAGAGAUCUCUCAACCAGGUCUGGAGCCCAAUAACGGAUUGACAUGGCAAAUGACGAAGUGGAGGGGUGAUCGAGAGGUUCACAAGUUUACAGAAGAGAAACCUGGCUGGUGCAGUGAUCCACAUGUGCCUCCAUGUGCUGCGGACCCGGUUAAGAUCCCUUGGGGCAAUUAUGGGGCUGAGUAUAUUGUUGAAUCUUCUGGGGUCUUCACAACAACUAACAAGGCCUCAACUCACAUAAAGGAAAAAAUGAUACAUUCGUGCAAUAAUGCUUGAAGGAGCAGCUCAUCUUACUUGAAGGAGCAGAAGCAGAGUUAAGGCGCAUAGUCCAACAACAAGAAAAUAAGAUAAACAGUUGUAUGGACUAUACAUAUAUAUAUAUAUAUG